CGUGUGGAUUAAAUGUCUGCGUCUCCGGCUCCUUGACAGAAAACACUCCCUGUGGUAUCAGUGUAAUCAGCGGGGAGUGGUCCUGGAGGGGGAGGCCGCCGCAGUCUGCCGGCCUCUGAUUCGCUGACUUGCGCUCUAAUUGGAUCAAGUGGGAACUUGCUUAGCUGGAUGCUUUGUGCUGGGACUGGAGGCAGCGGCAGACAGGAAGCGAGCGGGAGAGGGAGGAGGCCAGAGGCCGUCCCGACGAGAGAGGAGGGGUAAGAGAGGAGAAAAGGGGAGUGGCCCGUCUCCUCUGCCCUUCGGUGCUGCUGCUGCUGCAGUCCCCUCCCUCCCCUCCUUCUCUCUCUCUCUCUCUCCUUCUUUUUCUCCCUCUUUCCCCCUUACUCAUCUGUUUCUGUGGCGGCGCUCCGAGGAAGGGCACCUGCCGCUCCCUGAUGAUUCAGCCUUUCAGCAGCUCCGACCUCCUGGACCAGACAGCAUGUCCCUGCUGCCACUGCAGUGCCCGGCCGUCCCGUCCUCCGCACCCCAGCUGCUGCAGCUGCAGCCGGCCCAUCACGUCCACGCCGCCCCUCUCAGCAAAAUUCUAUUUAUAGACUCAUGAUUGUGUUUCUUGUGAAGAGGCAUGAGUAAGGAACUCCUUCCCCUCGUGCGCAGAAGCCCGUCGACGUUCCUCCCAGACUGUUAACCAGGUCCAAGUCGCUCUGAGCAUCUUCACUUUCCUCCGACGUCCCAGCUCUCACUAUGGAAAACCUGCCGCAGGAGGCCGGUGGCCGACAGCCACCGAGCGAUGCCCUGAGUUACUAGUCGAGGGGCGUUGGGAGACCCGUCAUCCGGCCGUCGGACAGGAUGACUGAGGGAAUGGAGGACCUCUCCACAGGGCCGGCUCCCCCUCCCGGAUCGGCCACCCCCACCACCGGCUCCACUGAUGAUACUGGACAAGUCCCCGAGGAGAAACCCGAGGAGACGGAGGCAGCUGGUGCGAGCGGGGCGGAGGGCGCCGAGGGAGGCGGUGAUGAUGGUGAUGGGGAGCAUCUGGGGGCUGUGGGAAUUGUGGCCUUGCCAGGGACCUGCUGCGUGUGCGUAGAGAUGGAACAGAUUAACAAUUGCCUGCACUCCGAGAAAAUCUGCAUCCUGCCCAUCCUGGCCUGUCUGCUCAGCCUGGCGCUCUGCACCGCCGGCCUCAAGUGGGUCUUUGUGGACAAGAUCUUCGAGUACGAGCCGCCCACACACUUGGAACCCAAACGCAUCGGACAAGACCCGUUCAUCAUAUCAGUCGACCCCACGCUGGGAAUAACGUUGUCCGUUUCCCAUCCGUCUCCAUCAACCGUGUCCCUAACCACCGCUGCCGCAGUCACGCCGGGACGUCCCGAGGUCCUGGUGGAGGAGUUGUCCACGCGAGGGCCGAACGUGCCUCAGUCUCCAGGGGCGACUCAGUCUGAUCCCGCUGUGACCCUGAAGUACAACGCUGAGCGUCCCACAGUCCCGAGGCAGACCCCCCGCCCGCCGUCCACCCAGGAGGUCAACGACAUUGACGUCCCAACGAUCUCCGCCGCCAGCACCACGACCACGACCAAGAUCUCCAGCCACGUGACGCGCUGCAGCCACAGCCAGAGGAACUACUGCGUCAAUGGAGGCGAGUGCUUCACCCUUGAAAUCACGCCAGGCAGCACCAAGUUUCUCUGCAGGUGCUUGGCCGGAUUCACCGGGCACCGAUGUGAACAAGCUGUGCUUAAGACAGUCUCAGACCCAAAACAAGCUGAGGAGCUGUAUCAGAAACGUAUUUUAACAAUAUCAGGAAUCUGCAUUGCACUCCUAGUCGUUGGAAUCAUGUGUGUGGUUGCCUACUGCAAAACAAAGAGGCGGAGAAAGGAACUCCAUGACCGCCUGAGGCAGAGCCUGAGGAAUAAGAGGAACAACAAUACCAAUACUGGUGUUGGCCCCAACCUGGCAACCUCAGCCAGAGGACGUCAGAUUUCUAACUUGCCUCUUCAAGAUUUGCAGCUCAUCAAUCAAUGUAACGGGACGACUAUGAAGCAUGCAGCCGAGAAGGAGGCGGAGACGGAGACCACCUUCUCCACAAGCAAAUAUGAACCCACAACAUUCACCCACAUCUCCAGCCAAAGGUUUGUGAACUCUCCCGCGAGCCCAGCGUCUCCUCCGUCAGAGAUGUCCGCCCCCCUGUCCAGCUUGGCCGUGUCCGUCCCCUCGGUGGCCCUGAGCCCCUCCGGCGAGGAGGAGCGCCCCCUGCUGCUGCGUCAGGCGAACACAAAGUCCUCCGGCCGAGACGAGCAGAAGAGGAGCUCCGCCCACUACAACCACGGCCACGUGGCCCACAGCUUACCGUCCAGCCCGCUGUUCGCCACCGACAACGCCACCAACUACCAAGUCACAGGUAACCACGACGACGACGACGCCGCCGGGGCGGCAGGCCAGACGUUCUCCGAGACGAUCGGUCACACAAACAACAACGUCCCCACCGAGCGAGAGGGCGUCACCAACGGUCACCUGCUGCGUGACGUGGCGUCGAGUGUGAGCGACGUGGAGGAAGAGGAGGAGUUUGCUCCCUUCCUCACCACCGGUCACCGCCUGCUGCUCCGGGCGAUGCACAGCAGCAGGACUAACUCAGCGUCGUGUGACGACGACGUGCUCGUCAAGUCGUCCACCAACAAACUGCAUCCGGUCGCCGCCGUGUAACGCAAAGAGAAAAAACAUCGCUGAGGAAUCUUUUAUGUUGAGAGAAGAAGAAGAAAAAAAGAGGAAGAAGAAGAAAUUAUCGCAAUUAAAACCUUUAUUUUCGAUAAAUUAUUCAAAGACUUUUAAAGAUAAAAAAUGAAACUUUUAUUUUAGUGAAGUAGUGAAUAUAGAGUUUUAUAAAAGUCAAAAAAUGUACAAACGUGUUCAUGUGUCGUAGGUGAAAAGUGCCAUACACUCGUAUGUACAGAGGCGACGGCUCACGGGAGGUUUCAGUGCAAAGAUCAAAAGAAGAGAAAAAUCAACGGUGCCUUUCUGUUUAUGCUUAUUAAAGUAAAGGGAACUGCAGCGUUGCAUUCUGGGACAUAUAUACUCACCAUCGUAAUCUUCCAGUGAACAUGAAGAGUGAAUAACUCGCUGGCUUCCUUCGCCGUGCUGCAGGUGAACGCGUCACGCUGGAAUCAAACCUCCUGCUUCACGGGGUGCAUGCGACCGUCCGUACUGUACGUCCGUACUGUACGUCCUGUGAUGUCACACCUGAAGGUCUCCGUUACUGUCUCACUGAACUCCAACGCCCGGACUCAUUCACGUCCAUGAGUAAAUGAUCCAGUCACCUGCGUUCUGAUGAGAAGACGUGUUUGUGUUCAUCGCUGGACUGUUCCACUGAACGUGACCUGCUGGGGGAGGGAAUAUCACAGAAUAUCACAGCUGUUAGGGCAGGAAGUUGGCUUUUCCGUGUUACUAAUACUUUCACUAACAUAACCCCGUAGAUUUGAAGAAGAAAACACAUUUAAAAAAAAUCUGAUUCUAUGUUGGGAUUUAAUCUGCAUUUUCACAUUUAGUGAAGGGAAACUGCUCUUGUGUGUGUGUGUGUGUGUGUGUGUGUGUGUGUGUGUGUGUGUGUGUGUGUGUGUGUGUGUGUGUGUGUGUGUGUGUGUGUGUGUGUGUGUGUGUGUGUGUGUGUGUGUGUGUGUGUGGCUCGAGCCUACAUUUCCCACAGUGCUUGAGUUUCCUUGUAUUGCUGCCAGGUGUCCACAUCAUCACUGACUCAUCCACCAAAUACAAAAGUACCAAGACGACGACGACGACCAGCAGUUCUGUGUUUCUCAUCACCACCAGUGUGUCACUCAACGCAACUUUGACUUCAACAAUAUCUUCUGAAAACAUGAUGUAUGAAACAUCCACGUGUUCCUGACUAAUGCUUUAAGAAAUUUGCUAACAAAUAUACGUGACGGCAACCUGCAGUCAGAUAUCUGUGUUUUGAUUUCACGUCUUACUUUCCAAAAGCUGCUCGUGUGUUCACGUGUCACAUGUCUCAUCGUAUCUGUAAGUUUAAAUAAUAGAUUAUGAAAAUCUGCCAAAGACCGUCACCACUUCUAGACGCUGGAAUAAAACAGAUUCAUGAAAACUAAAAUCCAGGAAACCGGAACGCUGUAAUCAACCAUUGUUUCUUAAAAAUGUCAUGUAUGUGAAAAAUCAGCUGUAAUGACAUGAGAUGUUCUGCCCCAUGACUUUUAAUGUAUUUUACAUUUCAGAUUAUUUCAUAUUUAAUUGGUAAUUCUUGCUAAUUCUGAGCAUUAAUUACUGUUACAGUAUAUAUGGUCAUAUUAAUUUAUAUUUUAACAAACAAGAUUAAAAAAAUGCAACGUAUAUGUAGCCAUGUGUUCCACACGAAACAUUUUGAGUGUCAUAUUUUGUCACUUUGUCUGUGUAACAUAACCCACAAUGCACUGCUUUUAGACCUAGGAGUGACUUUGAAUGAUGUAAAUACACCAUGACACCCUUCAGCGCUGAUGUUUCUUAUUAAAUAUUAAAUCGUU